UGCAUCACAUCAAAACCCUGACCUCCCCAGCCCCCACCUGAACUCCGACCACCGCGAUUUUGCCGUCGCCACCUCGACCGCAAGCAUGACCUCCGUCGCCUACGGCGAAAUUACAGAUUUUCUGAGGUCGUCACUAUCAACGGCAGUUUCCUAUUUUCAUUUUUCCACCGCUCUAAUUAGGGUUGCACAAGGCCGUGACUUAAUCAUGACAAGCAAAGGCCGAGUUCCUCCUCCCCACCUCCGCCACCCGCUCAACUUGGGCCCUGCAUCGGUCCACCCUGACCCAUACCCACCUGCCCCCCGCCCGCCUGGCGGCAGCUUCCCACCCUUUGAAAUGCUGCCCCCUAACCAGAUAAUGGCCCACAAGCUCUCCACGCAGCACGUGGAGAUCGAGAAGCUCGUCACUGAAAACCGCAGGCUGGCAGCGACUCACGGUAAUCUUCGGCAGGAUUUGGCCGUCGCCAAGCAUGAAAUUCAGUCAGUGCAUGCCCACAUUGCGGAAGUGAGGGCUGAGAAAGAGCGGCAAGCAAGGAGCAUGCUGGAGAAGAUGGCGGCCAUGGAGAAGGAGCUUCAGGCUGCUGAGCCACUGAAAAACGAGCUGCAGAAAGCGCGGGGUGAGGCGCAGGGCUUGUUGGCUGCUCGACAGGAGCUGAUCUCGAAGGUGAUGGAGAAGAGCUAUAUGUCAAUGUCAAGGGAGGUGGAGAAGCUGAGGGCAGAGCUAACUAAUUCAACAAAAUUUGACCCACGAACAGGUGCGCCAUACAGUGCCCCUGCUGGAUACAAUGAAGGUCUUCCAGUGGGGAAUUAUCCAUCCGGUACAAACGCCUAUGGUACAGUUCAGGGGCAGGGAGUACCUGCUGGUGUACCUGGUCCUGGUCCAGGGGGUAAUUCCCCUCAUGUUCUAGCCCAAGCGGGCCCAUAUGGUCCAGUGGCUGGUCGUGAUCCCCCCAGAGGAGGGCCUGUUUAUGGUGUACCUUUCCAAACUGGUUAUGAUCCUCACAGGGGGCCCACUGGAACUAACUUUGACGCCCAAAGGGGGCAAACUGGGCCGGGCUAUGAAGCCCAAAAGGGACCCGGGCAUGAAGCCCGGGCCCAAAAUGUUCCUGCUUACGAUCCACAAAGAAGCUCUGGUGAAGAUGCUCAUGGGUCGUCUAGGGGUGCUGUGAGGCCGCCCCAAGGACAGGUACCUGUGAAUAAUAAUGUGGCUUAUGGCUCGACGCCAGGUGGCAGAGUUGGAGUUGGUUAUGAGCUGAAUCCAAUUUCACAUGGUGGAAAUCCUGUUCGGAGGUGACUUUGUGAUUUUGUUUCGCGUCAGUUCUGGGAAUAUGUAUCGAGGCUAAUAUUUUUUGUUUAUGGGUUUGUUUUGAUGCUGCUCUGAUAAUUUCCUGUUGUGUUGAAGGAUAGUAUGAAUGAAUGAAUCAGGGUAGUGAUGAGAAUGAAAGAACAUUGUAAAAGCAAGCUAACAUUUGGAGUGGAUUUGCAGUAAGCUUGCUUAGAAGUAGAAAAGCACUUCUUGUUUAUUUUUCCCUUUUCUUUUUUUUGAUUCGAUCGAUACAGUAUCCAACGUGUGUUGAUGGGAUUUGCUUUUGCAUUGAAUUUCUGAUUGUGUUGCGUAUUGUGCAGAUUAUGAAAA